GUCGAGGUGCAUUGUGGGAGGAAAGUCGUUGCCAUUCGACCUCUGCGGGGCCUGCGCGGACGCAGCAAGAACCCAGAAAUUCAUUAUGCGUUUAAAAGCUUUAUUUAUUUCCGCAUAACCGACAUUCUCUCACCGCGGAGGGCGGAGGACAAGCAGCGACGCCGGCCAUCUCUUUCGGGUGGGAGAGGAGCUUGAAUAAAGAUAUAGAUUACAUUACUGCCGUGGCGGGGAGACUGUUGAGGAUUUUAUUAUAAGAGGGAAAAAAAAAAAAAAAAACAUGUCCGGGGAGAGAAACCGCAGGUCGCUGGCGUUCCGAGGCGGUGGAUUAGCCCCGAUUGCGGGCUCCGGAGGCGUCGGUGGGGGGAACAGCUGGGAGGCCCCGGCCUGUCAGGACCAACAUUUUAACGGCAACCGGCUGAACCCGGACGACGACGGGGACCUCGGAGCGAAGGGACCAACGCGGAAGCGAGUGGAGGACGCCGGGUCGGUAAGCGACAGCACGGAGCCCGAGGCGGAGGAGGAAGAGGACGCGGAGAAGCCAGCCGGGAACGCAGGCUCGGAGCUGGAAGCGGCGAACGGUUUCAGGGAGGCAGCGGCUGCGGGCAGCGACGGAGCCGAGUCCGGCAGCGGUGAGGCGGCGCCCAGGAAGUGCGGCGUGGAGAUGAGACCCCAGACGCUUCUCCAGAAGCACUCGCUCUUCCACGCGUCGUGGCUCCGGGAAUUCCCGUGGCUUAAGUUCUGCCAGGAGACGGGGCUCAUGUCGUGCUCCUGGUGCCACGACGCGGCCACCAGGAACGGCGACGAGCUCAUCAAAGGCAGCCGAAACUACAAGAGGGCCUUGCUGCUCCGACAUCACCUGUCGUCCGAGCACGGCAGGAAGGACCCCGGCAAGCAGAUGGAGAUGGGGAGGCCCGCCGACAACGCCAGCCCGUCCACCAACUCCUCCGACGAAGACUUCCGCAACAAGCCCCAUGAGAACUCGUACUGCUACCAGCUGCUCCAGGAGUUGGACAAGCAGCGCAAGAGUGGCAUCCUUUGCGAUGUCAACAUCGUCGUCUCGGGCCAAGUGUUCCGCGCGCACAAAAACAUCCUGGUGGCGGGCAGCCGCUACUUUAAAACCCUCUACUGUCUGACCCAGACCGAGCCUCAGGACCAGGCCACUGUUACGCACCUGGACGUGGCUGCCAUCCAGGGUUUUUCGGUCAUUCUGGACUUCCUCUACUCGGGGAACUUGCUGCUCACGAGCCAAAACGCCAUCGAGGUCAUGUCUGUGGCGAGUUACCUCCAGAUGACCGAGGUGGUGCAUUCGUGCCGGGCGUUCAUCAAGGAUGCCCUCAACAUCAGCAUCAAGCAGGAGGCCCCCGACUCGGUUGUAGUGGACUACAACAAGAGGCAGACGGUGGCCAAAGACGGGCACCGUGGUCCAGACCGGAAGCCGACCAACUUCUGGGCGACAAGCAUCCUGUCCAAGCUGUCAAUCAAAGCCAGCAACAACCAAGGAAAAGAGGCCGCAACGGAAGACGAGGAAGACUGCGGCAGAGUAAAGGAGGAGUCCAGCGACAUCGAGGUGACGACGGUCGGGGGUGAGGGCUGUGCCCUGGUGCCCCCUGGGGCCUCGCGGAGCUGGAGCCAGCACAACGACAACUCCUCUGAUUCAGCAGAGACCAACGAGCCGCGCUCGACAGCUGCCCAAGUGUUCGUCUGGAACGAGCCGGCCACGGACGGUGGCACAGGUGCAGAGAUAAAACGCGAGGCGCCGGACGCUGCUGCCGGGAGCGGACGCCGGAAAAAGCAGACCACCACGCGGAGGUUCGUCUACAACUUCCCGCCAGAGCCUGAGGAGGGCUUCGAAGAGGGGAUGUUCAUCCAGCCGUCAGCUUCUUACCCCAGAGAAGACUUCUCUUCACUCUCAGAAAACGCCGAGCUGGCCAAUCAGAUCCAGUAUAGCAUCAUCCAGCAAGGGGAAUCCUGGGAGAAUGGCGAGUCGCCGCUCCUCGCCAUCAACAAGCUCAAGUGCCCCCACUGUAACUACAUCGCCAAGCACCGGCGCACGCUCAAGAGGCACCUGGUCAUCCACUCGGGCGUGCGCUCCUUCAGCUGUGACAUCUGCGGAAAGCUGUUCACUCGCCGCGAGCACGUCAAGAGACAUUCCCUGGUGCACAAGAAGGACAAAAAGUACAAGUGCAUGGUGUGCAAGAAGAUCUUCAUGCUGGCCGCCAGUGUGGGUAUCCGCCACGGCUCGCGGCGCUACGGCGUGUGCGUGGACUGCGCCGACUCACACCAGGCCACUCAGGAGGGUCUGGAGGCCAUGGAGGCCAUGGAAUUCCCCCGCGACGACGACUUCGAGGGUGAGGAGGGCGAGGACCUGGAGGGGGAGGAGCCUGCUGACAACGACCAAUCAAAUUGGGCAGAGGGCAACGCUGGUGCUGCCCUGCAGGAGGACAAAGAGUUUUAAAUGAAUCGGUGUUUAAUAUAUGUGUGCUACAAAAGACGACAAGCUGGUAACAAUCAACUCCAAAGUGCUAUCAAACCUUGAGGUUGCUUAAUUGUGCGAGUUUGACAACGAUUUGAAAAAGCUUUGGUAGCGUGGUAACCCCGCCAUGUACAGAUUUUAUUAUUAUUAAUAUUAUUGAUGCCCACAAGAGAAAGAUUCUAAGAUAAAUCAGGUUGUUUUUGUUCUUUGGUGAUGUAUUUUUAUUAUUUCCUGUUAAGUGGGCAGGGUGAUGUAGACGUGGGGUUAGGCCAAUCAUUUAACAUACAAAGUUAAUUAUUUAAUUUAAGAAGAGUGAAAGAGAGAGUUAUUAUGGUCUUAUCAGAUAAUCUAAUUUUUAUUUCUGUUUUGUUUUUUCUUGUGUAGAUGGUGUUUAGAUGUGCUCACUAUGUUCUGUAUUUUUGUUUAUAAUUAUGCUUUUUUUUUUUUUUUUUCUUGCUUUCCCUGCACAAAUCUUGGAACCAAAAAAUCUGUUUCGUGACUCUAAUGUAUCUCAGCCAUAUUUAUGAUAUUUAAAAAGCUUAGGGGCUGUGACGUUGUGCCAAACAGACCGCACACCAAGAUUUCGCAGGAGAACGAAAAGAAAAUAAUUCAAAACUACUGAAUACGCUUAAAAGAAAAGCCACCUUUCUAAAGAUACAUAUGUAUAUUAAAACAAAUCUAUAAAGUGCAAGGGGGAACUAUUCUAGUUAGCUUUAUACAAAUCACCGCGUCACAGUAACACUUUAUUGUCGAUGAAACAAAAAGCAUUUGACCUUCACUUAAAGCUUGAAUUGUUUUUUUUUUCUUCAAAAUUAUUUGGUGCUGUAAUGAAUGCUUUAGUGGCAGAAAUACUGGACCUACACAGUCAGGCAUACAGCCGGGGUGUCCAAACGCGAUGUUGAAUUAUGGGGAGCAGGGGCACUUUGAUAUUAUUUACUUUGUUCUUAUUCAAUUUAAGAUGCAAAAAAUAAUAAUCCAGUGUAGGCUAAGUUAUGCUCAGCCAGGGUGUGACACAUUGAGUGUUAAAACUAAAUUCCCGGAAGAUUUAGUGCGCUUUUUUUCGAAAAAGCUAAAAAUGAUAUUCAAGUUAUCUUAGCGGCUAUUGAAAAGCAUUUUAUUAUUUGUUUUGCUGAAGUUGCUGCAGCUCAGGGGAGGUUUGUCUAUACCCCUACACUUAAGUUUUACAUAGCGUGGCCCUAAAUCCUUUUUUGUAAAGUGAUGCGGGCGGUAUUUAAUUUUAUUUCCAGAACACGCCCGCCACAAAUAAGAUUUGGACACCCCUGGCUUAUGAUUCUUGUCGUCAUAACUGACUACGCUUCACCUCCUAUACAACACUGGCGACUAUCAGGUAAUCUUUGCCAUGCUUUUAACCUUUUUAUAAGUAGCUAGGACUACCGGCAGUACUUUUUAACGAGGACCUAAGUGGACGUCUUUAUUUUUGGUAAUAGUUUAAACACAUACAUAUAUAUAUAUACAUAUAUAUAUAUAUAUAUAUAUAUAUAUAUACACACACAUUUAUAUAUAUAUAUAUAUAUAUAUAUAUAUAUAUAUACAUACACACACACACACCUAUAUAUAUAUACAUACAUACAUACAUAUACACAUAUAUAUGUAUAUAUGUGUAUGUAUAUAUAUAUAUAAUGUGUGUAUGUGUAUAUAUGUACAUAUAUAAUGUAUGUAUGUUUUUUAUUUAUAGUUAUAUAUGUUUGUGUGUAUAUAUGUAUAUAUAUUUCUAUAUGUAUGUGUGUAUAUAUAUGUAUGUGUGUACAUAUAUGUAUGUGUGUAUAUAUAUGUAUGUGUGUACAUAUAUGUAUGUGUGUACAUAUAUGUAUGUGUGUAUAUAUAUAUGUAUGUAUGUGUAUAUAUAUGUAUGUAUGUGUAUAUAUAUAUGUAUAAUAUAUAUAUAUAUAUAUAUAUGUAUGUCUAUAUACUUAUAUAUUUUUGUGUGUGAGUACACACACACACGUAGAGCGGCGUUUAUAUAUUUGAUUGUGUAAGGAGACGUCCCGUUUUUUGUGUUAAUUUUGUUUGGUCUGCCAGGUAGGAAAACACUUCGUUCCAAAAAAAAAAAAAAACGUGAAUCUCUAUGGCGCCAUCAUAGACAUGCACUUAAAUUUUGUGUGUUCAUGAGUCUUUUUUUUUUUUUUUUUCUAAAUGCUUUUCUUUCCCCAAAAAUGGGUCUAAGUGGAACUAUAUUUCUUCCAAAUGCUUUUUUGUUGUUGUUAUUUAAUAUUAUAUAUAAUAUGACUCCAAAAAAAAUGCAAUCAAGACUGUUAAUUUCUAUUUGUCCAACCAAAAUUGCUCAUUGUUAUUGUUGGGUUAUAAUGUAUGGGAGGAGCAAUGGCGAUAGGCUAGACAAACCUGUAAUUGUUGCUUUCUUUUAAUUUUUAUUUUUUACUAAUGCUAAGCUACCAUUCACUUUACCCCACCCCCUUUUUCGUUUUAAUUUUCCUCGUUAUCAGCACAUUUUUUUUUUUAAAUGUUAACAUAAAGCUCGGAGCGGCAGUAUAUGUGUUCAUAUGCAGUUUGUACGGAAACAUGUAACCUCCCUUUACUCAGUGGAAGAAGAAGAAGAAUAUUUUAGCAUAGCUUCAUCUUCCCUGUCACUUUUACCUUCAAAUCACUGUGGGUGGGCCUGUAUGACGGAUAUACAUAUAUAUAUAUAUAUGUGUGGAGAAUCUAUGAGAUAAAUAUAUAUAUAUAUGAAAAAAAUAUUUAACUAUGGUGGACUUGCAAAUCUCCCGCUGUGGUGUUUUUUUUUUUUUUUUCCACGACCCUUCCGCUUGCUCUUUUCUUCAGUGCUGCUCGUCCAUCACGACUUCAUCUGUCCUGUGUUUGUUCUUUUGAUACUAUUUACCAUCCUACUGACUUAUUGUUAUGAAUGAUUUUUAAUGCUGUAUUUCUUACAUGGACAACACAACAGAAACAAAAAACACUAACAGACGUAAUUGUUCUCUCCCCCCAUUUCCUGUUGGCUGUAUUUUUUACGCUGUUGCUGCAAAAAACAACAAAAAAAGCGAAAAAAAAAGAAAGAAAAGAAAAACAAACCAAAAAAAAGUUGUAUUUUUCAACUUUUUUGCUCUUUCACACAGCGAUGCAAAACUCGGUGCCCUCCGAACACAAAGCAAAAAUUCAGGUUACUCUUUUUACGUUUUUACCAGAUGUUUUCAAAGAUGGAACUACAUUCUUCUCUUUUUUCUGUUCUAAAAAUAAAUUGUACUACUGUUCCUCUCUAUACUACAUUUAAGAAUAAAACUUUGAUAUUGCUCUCAUUA